AUGCGCCAUCUCGCCGCCCGCCCCGCCUUCUACACGCACUGCAAGGAAGCGCUCGUGGCUGCUCGGCGCGGUGCAAUUUUGCGCCGCUUCAUCCUGGCGCUGACACGGGGGGGUCCCAACGGCAUUCCUCGCCCGAUUGAGAUCCAUUCGCACGACCCGGUCCGGUAUGCCGGUGAUAUGCUUGCCUGGGUGCACGCAGCGAUCGCAUCCGAGCACGAGUACUUUAAAGUCUUGCUGGACGGGGCCGAAGUCGGCGAGACGCAGCGGCUCGUGGGCCACGCCUUUGAGGGCAUCGCGCGACCGCUCGAGGUGCGCCUGCAGCAGACGCUCACGGGCCAGACCGCGUGUCCUGUGGUGUAUCAAGUGGUGCACUUGCUCGGCUUUUACUGCGUCACCAUGGCCAAGCUCGUGCCCCAAGACGCCGAGCUGAACACUGUGCUGGUCGAGUCGCUCGCCCGUGCCCGCACGAGCUUUGAGAAGCAGUGGCAACACCAAGUCGACCUCUUUCAAGCGGCCAUGCAGGAAGACCGCGCCGACUUUACUCUCGUCGCUGCGCACGCGACACUCGAUACGACGCACAAACUCGCAAAUUUGCUCGAUAUUUACCAAAGCGCGCUGCUCCCGUUUGGGGCCCAAGCCGCUGAUGUAGCACCUGUCAUUGAAUGCUUCCUUGUUGCGCUCUCUGCAUCCUCCAAGCAACGCCAUGCCGACCGUAGCGACGCGCUCGUGUUCCAGCUCAACCAGCUCGGCUGCGUGCACGCCACCCUGUCGCGCUACGAGGCGCUUGCAAGCGAGUGGUGCGCCGACCUCUCGCGCGACAUUGGCGCCAGUAUCGAUGCGCUGGCCAUCGCGCAGGCCUCGGUGGUGCUGCAGCGGUGCGCUGUCUCGACGCUCCUCGAACACAUGGCCGCGGUGCGCGAGGCGGGCAGCACGAUGCCCGGCCUCGACGUCGACAGCGUUCGCAUCAUCGUGCACAACUUUUGCUCGCUGCUCAUGGCGCUCGAAUUCCCUGCCAUUGAGCGCAUCUCGCAACCAGACGUCCGCGACGAGGCGUACGCACGAGCCGCUCGCCGCCUCUGCGAUGCGUACGAAGCGAUCCACGCGUUCGUGUGUGAUCCGGUCAUGGGCUACGCCCAGCCAUCGACGAUCGUCGUGCACUCGCCCAAGGAGAUUGAAACCAUCUUGGAUCUGGCGUCCUAG